AUGGCUGACGACGCUGAAAGAACACAGACUCCUAUCAUUUUCGCUCCAGAAACUUAUCAAUACGACAAGUUUUCAUUGAACGACUCACAGUUGACUAAGGAUCCAAUUGAACAAUUUACAAAAUGGUUUGAAGAAGCCAAAGCUGACAAAUCCGAAACUUUGCCAGAAGCUAUUAAUUUCUCUUCAGCUGAAUUACCAAGCGGGAGAGUCUCCUCGAGAGUGCUGCUGUUCAAGGAGCUAGAUCAUCGUGGAUUUACCAUCUACUCCAAUUGGGGUACUUCCAAAAAGGCUAACGACAUCAAUUCCAACCCUCAUGCUGCGAUCACCUUCUUCUGGAAGGAUUUGCAAAGACAGGUGAGGAUUGAAGGUUUCACGGAGCACGUUAACCGUACAACUUCGGAGCGUUACUUCAAGACUAGACCUCGUGGUUCCAAAAUAGGUGCCUGGUCAUCUCCCCAAUCCCACGUUAUCCAAAGUAGAGAAGAGCUUGACGAAUUGACCAAGCAAAACGAAAAAAGAUUUCAAGAUAUCCAAGACAUUCCUUGUCCUGAUUACUGGGGUGGUCUAAGAGUUGUUCCUCUCGAAAUUGAGUUUUGGCAAGGCAGACCAAGUCGUUUGCAUGACCGUUUCUCUUAUAGAAGAAAGACCGAGCAUGACUCAUGGGAAUUGGUCAGAUUAGCUCCAUGA